GAAAGGAACUAUGUAAGAAAGAAAGGACUCAAAUAUGCGAGUCGACUCUUAAGGUUCACCUGAUAGAGCCGGCUCAAAGAACCGUUUCAAGGAGUCGACUCGUUCGCGUGCAGCACAUCCCCAGCAGCCAGUGAAAAACCAGCACCGGCUGCAGGCUGCACGAGACCGCAGACUCAGCAGCGCACUAAAGGAGCGGGAGCACGCGCACCUUUACACGUUAUAUUUGAUAGGCUUUGUAUUAGCUUUCAUGCGCAAACGUUAGCGGUGUGCGCGUGAGCGGAUGUUUGCGGUGGAUCUCCGCCUCUAGCCGCUAUGUGUUGCAGAGAGACGGAGGCGCGCCUGUGAAAAGGCGAUGGCGGACGGAGCGCGCGGCACAGAGGUCUCGCGCGCCGUGAAGCGACGAUGACGGCAGCGCGGAGCUCGAGCGAACGCGGCGGAAGAGGAGGAGGAGGAGGAGUAGACGGUGAUGGAGAGGGGAGCGCGAGAGCGUCCCAGGAGAAGGCUGGCGCCGCGCACAUCAACCUGGGCGUGCUGGAGUCGGUCGCCACCGUGGGUACAGGCACUUUUGGUCGCGUCGUGCUGGUCCAAGAUCGCAAAACCAAGGGCUAUUUUGCGUUAAAGUCCAUGAAAAUCGUGGAUUUAAUCCGACUGAAACAGCAGCAGCACGUUCACAACGAAAAAGAAGUCCUCAUGGAGGUCAAUUACCCUUUCAUCGUCAAACUGUUUUGGACAUGGCAUGAUGACCGGUGUCUCUUCAUGCUGAUGGAGUUCGUGCCCGGAGGCGAGCUCUUCAGUUACCUGCGCAGUCGCGGAAAGUUCAGUAACGACGCGGGCCUGUUCUUCGCUGCCGAAAUUGUCUGCGCACUGGAGUAUCUUCACUCGAAAGACAUCGUCUACAGAGACCUGAAACCGGAGAACAUCCUUCUGGACCGCGAAGGCCACAUCAAACUCACCGACUUCGGAUUUGCCAAGAAGGUCGCAGACAGGACGUGUACGUUAUGUGGAACUCCUGAGUAUCUGGCGCCUGAGAUUAUCCAGGGUAAAGGUCAUGGUCUGGCGGUGGACUGGUGGGCCCUGGGUGUGCUAAUUUUUGAAAUGCUGUCUGGGUACCCGCCAUUUUUUGACGACAAUCCCUUUGGUAUUUACCAGAAGGUUCUGUCUGCCAAGCUGAACAUCCCUCGCCAGCUGGACUUCUACGUAAAAGACCUCAUCAAGAAGCUGCUUGUGGUGGAUAAAACACAGAGACUUGGGAGUUUGAGAGGUGGAGCCGAGGACGUGAAGAGCCACAAAUGGUUUCGGUCUGUGGACUGGGACGUCGUUCCUCAGAGAAAACUAAAGCCGAUCAUCAUUCCGGAAGUCGCGCACGAGGGCGAUCCGUCCAAUUUCGAAGCUUAUCCUGAAGAAAAGCGCAAAAAAGAACCUGCCGUUUCCCCGCGGGACUUGGAACUUUUUAAGAACUUUUGAAUACGAACGCAGAUAUUGAUACUUCUUUACGUGUCUUUUGCAUCUUUUCACUAGGGGCAUGUGCCGAUAAUCGAUGAUACGAUACGUCUCGCAGCGUUGAACGUGAUCACACUAUUGUUACUCAUGGAGUCAGCGUGCGUUUCUGGAAUACACGCUGCUUUUGAUGGCGUUAGCACUCCUGAGAUAAAGCUAGCUAGUGACUUUCACACAGUUUACUGGGUUAAAUGUUGGACAAUGAAAAGGAACUACGUAGCAACUUUUCAACAAGUACAUUAUAAUGAACUAUGGCAAAAAUGACGGUGAGAUAUCGGCACGUGUCUGUCUCCACUCGGUCUUGUUCUACUGUGUCAUGUGUAGACGUGUAAAGUAGCUAUAAUCUAUGCACUUUGUUAGAUGUUUUGUUUGUUAUGCAAAUGCACAUAACCUUUAUUGCAAGUUAUUCCAAACAUACCUGCCUAUUCUCUGGGAAUGAUUAUGCAACUUAUGUGUAUGAUCUAUGCAGAUCCAUUUGUUUAACUCCAUACGGUUUGACCUGUCUCGACGUGAUCGUGUCUCAAGCUGUAAUUGUAUGCGUACGAUGCUAAUGGAACUAACGUUAUAGCUACUCUAGGUUUGUUUGAUGUUAUGAGA